CUUUUCUCUUUUAUUCUUUCCUCCUUCUCCUUCCUUCCCCUGCACAAAUAAGCAGCUUCAAUGGCCACACAAAAACUUUUCAGUUUCUUCCUCAUUUUCCUUGUUUUAAUGCAAUACCUUUCUUCUUUAGAUAAUUUUUUCUUUCUGUUAUUUUCACUGAUUAAGACGCAAAUCAAUUUUUUUCUUAUAUCAAAUAUAUACUUUACUGCUUUCUAGAAAAAAAAAAAAAAAACUGACUUCUUUCACUACAGUUUUCUACCGAAAUAGCUUCACAAUCGUCGGUGAAACUUUUUCAACCACCGGAUCAUUCCUAUCAUGAAUGACACCAAAUUCUCCUUUAGGUGCUUCAACUGCGAUGCGCAUCAACAUCAAAAGUAAUUAAUUGUAGAAUCACCUCAUAACUCUCAGAAAUUUGAAAAUAUUAAAAGGCUCAGUGGAGAAGUUUCAGAUGAGAAGAUGGAAUUUGGUGCACAAUUUCUGGCAAUGAAACACCGCUGGAUAGUGACGAUGCCAGCAAAAUUUAAAAUUUCGAUGACUUUAUUUUUUUUUUGAUGAAUUCAACAUUUUCAAUGUCAAUCAAUUUUUAGGGAGCUAAACAAUGAUUCUAAUCCAGAAAUUGAUUCGAAUUGUCCAAUCUGAAUUGAUUCAAUAUUCUCAAUGUCAAUUUAAAAUUGGGUUAAUUAAUUGACGUUAAGAAUGCAGAAAUUAACUCAAAAAAAAUCUACUUACAUAUCAAUGAACAUCAUUGAUUCGAUAAAAAAAAGUUCGAAAUUUUUAAUCUGAAUUGAUUCAACAAGGUAAUAAUAUGAUAAAAAUUUUAAAAAUUAAAAAAGAGAAAAUUAAGAGGUGAAAGAAGAAAAAAUCGUGUAAAAAAAAUAAAAUUUCUUCACUCUCUCAAAGAGAGUGUAGUACAUCUUCCAUGCCACCUCAGCGUUUAGAAAGAAAAAUAUUUCAAUUUUAAAUUAUUUAAGGAAGUUAUAGGAUCCCAUAUGUGAUUGAAAUUUGAGGUAAAAGUUAGAGAGAUAUUUGAUCAUUUUUACUUUGGUUAAAUAUAAAAUAUUAUUCCAUUAUAUUAUCAUAAACGGAUAGGAACAGAGAGUGUGUGACGUAGCAAACAAAAUAACAAAUGGCACUCUUUUACUCUUCCAUUCCCUAAUACUGACACGUAUUAAUUAACCCAGAUCAUUCCGCUCCUCUUUAUUAUGCAACUCGUAUCAGAGCACUUUCAGUUUUUUCACAUCCAAAUCUGAAAAAUAAAAAACAGUAGACAUACAAAGACUAUGCAGGCAGUACCAGGAAGUCUCAAUAAACCUCAGCAGCAUCGUCAUCAUCAAAUGCUGAAAGACAAGCAAGUAAAAGAUCUAAUAAUUGACAAAAGGAGGCUUGUUGAGGUUCCAUAUACAGCCACCCUAUCAGACACUAUAAAAACUUUGAUGGCUAACAAGGUUGUGGCGGUUCCAGUAGCAGCGCCACCUGGUCACUGGAUUGGUGCUGGUGGUUCUAUGAUAUUGGAAUCUGAUAAACAGACUGGUGCUGUAAGGAAACAUUAUAUAGGGAUGGUUACUAUGCUCGAUAUUUUGGCACAUAUUGCUGGAAAUGGGAAUGGUGAUGUUGAUCUUAACAAAAAGAUGAUGGUUCCUGUCUCAUCGAUUAUUGGACAUUGUCUUGAAAGUCUUAGUUUGUGGACCCUUAGCCCUACCACAUGCGUUCUUGAUUGCAUGGAGGUGUUUAGCAAAGGCAUACACCGAGCCAUGGUACCAAUCGAUGGACGAUCAGAAAAUGUAGCCGGUGUUGAGCUCACAGAAUCUGCGUCAUGUUACCGAAUGCUAACACAAAUGGAUCUGCUAAGGUUUUUGGAUGACCAGCAGGAGCUUAAAGCUAUCAUGUCGCACAAGGUCGCGGACAAACAAUUGCAAGCAAUCACUGACACUGUUUUCGGGGUGACUGACAAGGCUAAAGUUAUCGAUGUCAUCAAAUGCAUGAGAAUGGCGGCACUCAAUGCAGUACCGAUCGUGGAAUCAGCUAAUGACAUAACAGAAGAUCAUACUCAGCUUGUGAAUGGGAAGAAGAGGAAGAUUGUAGGAACAUUUUCUGCAACAGACUUGAGAGGAUGUCCUGUAUCCCAAAUGCAGCCUCUACUGAAACUAGAGGUCCUUGAUUUCUUGAAAAAGCUGUGGGGAUCUCCAUUACACGAGCAUACAGGACUAAGGUCUUCAUGGAGGGAACAGGUAACUUGCUAUCCAGAAUCGUCACUCGGGGAAGUGGUGGAGAAAGUUGUUUCGGACCAUGUACAUCGCGUUUGGGUGGUGGAUGAACAAGGCUUGCUGGAAGGCGUCGUCUCCCUUACUGAUAUGAUAAGAGUCAUUAGGCUUUGGUAUCUUACUGACUUUCUGCAGUAAUGUGUACACUGUUUUGCACCCUUUUUGUUUUGGUUGGUGGUUGCCGUUUUGGUGUAAAUGAAAUGCAAUCUGUUCUAUCGAA